CCGUAGCCUCCUCGAUCCAUCCAUCAAUUCUCUGAUGGUCUCUCUCUUCUUUCUUACACAAACACAACACCUACUGUCAAGGAGACCACCACAAUUAUAGCUCCUGUAGCUCUUGCAAGCUUUCAACGACCCGGAUCCCGGAGGCGAGGCGAUGGAUGCCACGGGAGAGCACGAGAAGCUGCAGAAAGCUCCGCUGCCUAGCGCCGGAGGGGCGUCAAGCCCCCGCGCGCCAUUGCCGGAUGCUGUGGCCAGCGGCGAGGACGAGCAGGUGGAGAGGUUCUACGCGCUGCUGGCCAACAUCCGGGCCCUGAGGGACGUGUGCGGCUUCGGCGGGGACGGAGGCGGCGGGUCGUCGAGGAAGCGGGCGAGGGCCGCGGAGCCGCCGUGGAGGCCGGCGUUCAGGAUGGAGGACUUCCGGGAGCCGGACGAGGACGACGGGGUGUCCGCCAAGAAGGAACGGAGGGACGGCGUGGAGCGGCAGCGGCCCGAGAGCGACGCCGCGGAGGAGGACGGCGAGGUCGUCCAGGGGAAAGAUCGGGUCCCCGCGUCGCAGAAUGCGCGUGUGCUCGCUGCUGACCAGCCAGCCUAGCUAGUUGUUCGAAUCCAACGCGCUUGAGGUGGACGUGGACAAUGUUCAUCCGUUUAACUCUAGUUGUCAUGUAACUUUUCUGUUCUUUUUGAAAGUUGACACGCAUCGAACUGAUAAGAACGUGUGGGGUUAAUAGCAGGGAUAAACAUGAACUUAUCAUGAAAGGGGAAUACUCAUCAGUCACGAAACUUGUUACUCCAGAUGGUUGUACACAUUUGAGGCCGUGACUGAAAAACCAUUUCCCCAUGAAAUCCUCAAUCUAGAAUAAAAUAUCAUGAAA